AUGACUCAAGCUGCUUCAUUUUCGGACAAAACCAACUCAAUGAAUCCUCUCAUACCGCGAAUUCUCCGUCGACAAAUGGAGGGAGCGGCAACUAAUAGUUCGUCCGCUUUUCCCAACCCCUCUUCUGCCGUGAACUUUUUACCCGAUUCUGUCAAUCUCCCCGCAGGAAUUGAAGCCUCCUAUCUCAAUCUCCUUGCUCUCAAUUCCCAUAUUCUCUCCCCUUUUGCGAGACAACUAUUGCUUAGUAGUCGGAAUCUUCCUAACUUGAGUCCCAAAAGACCCAUGGUCCCACCCCAGCCGCCGCAGUCCUCUCGAACAAUCACUCCUUUCCCCAAUCAUUCAACCGGUUCUUCUUUUCCUUCGUCUUCAAGUGUCUCACAUCAACCCCUGGCGUCUACGUUUUCUCUACCAAGACCCCAUGAAAUUGAGGAAACAGGGGAAUUAGUCUACUCCAUCGUUGAAGGUGAAAAGGUUAUGGGCUUCAAUGUUUGGGGUGAAGUUCGACUCUGUUUACCUCAUCUACUGCGUUUUGUUCUAUACGAUGUUGACAUUGAUGAAAUUGGACAGGCUCUUUCAAAACUUCGGAUUGCUUGUACUAAGUGCUCUCAGCGCCAGUUAACUAUGCUUCAUGGUUGUAACGCUCUUCCAGCUGAAGUGACAUCUUGUGGUUUGAUCAGAAAGAGUGAUGCUGAACGCAUGCUCAAAUUUCUUCGAUCAUCUCGUGAAAGACCCACUCUUGCUGAUACACAACAACAAUCAUCAGAAUCCUCGGAGGGUUUUAUGGCAAUUAAAGAGGAGACAAGCCUUGGGAAUUAUAUUGACGUUCGGCAUGACUGUUUUGGUAGCGAGAAGGGGCGUAUUUACCCUCACUUGUACACAUCCGUAAAUUCACCUUGCAUUGCCUGUCGGACAUGUAAUAAAUUGUUCUCACCCCAGGAUUUUGUUGGUCAUACUCACUCGGUUAAUGAAUCGGAUAGUUGUUGUCAUUGGGGCUUUGAUUCUACCAACUGGCGUUCCUAUCUCCAAUUGGAUAUUGAUUCCAACACCAGACAUAAGAAAGCCAAACGAGACAACAGUGAGUCUGAGGAAGAGGAGAAUCCUGAUGUCCGUACCUAUCGCGCCCUUCGGGACUUUAAGGUCAAAUUCCUCAAGCCUCUGCAUUUGCCGAAAGAGAUUAAAAAGAUGGUCCCUAAAUCGGGUAUCUGUAAAUUGGAUGUAAAGAAGCAAGACCCCACCAUGUCUACUGAUGUUCAACCCCUUGACUGCUCCACGUCCAAACUCUCUCCUCUCGGUCAAGAUGUCCUUUCUGCUACCGACCCAAGGAAUCAAACUUCAUUGACGAUUUCAGAUGAUGAUCGUCUCGAAGUACGUCUUUGUGCUAAUCUCAAAAUCCGCCGCCUUUGGGCACCACACCAAGGUCGUCUCCGCAUUCCCAAUCCUCCCAAACUCAUUUCUAAUUGUCCCAGAGGGCCAAAACCCCGUACUCUAUCUUCCGGGCCACCAAUUCUCCUUGAUCCCAGUUGCAUAGUAACCAAAGAUUCUGCUCAACUCUAUGGUCGUGAUUUCAUUCCAAAUGUCUGUUUGAAACCUCUUUCUCCGGAGUCAUCGAACGGCCAAUCCCAACAGUUACAUCUAUCUAGAAGCCUCCCGAGUGUUCCCUCGAAUGAGGAUUUAGUCUCUGUGUCUGAAAAGCGACUUUCCGAAGCAGAUCUCUAUCCUAAUUUAAAGACAACUGGACCCUUUGGGCAUCGGAGUCGACCAACACUGCGCAUUCCUCCAUCUUUGGGCAUUGAUUUUAACCUCUUUCCACGAAGUGGAAAUAAUGGGAACAACCAGGGACUUAACUCUAUCGACAGCUCACCAGCCCGGGCUCGAAAUUCUAGCUCUGCUCAUGAUACAGCUGGAGGCAAUCUUCCGAACCCUCUCGAUUUGCACAAGCAUUGUACAACAGAGGAAGUUCUACGUUGUCCCUCGGUUGAUUCAGCCCCUGUAUCUGGUUUUCGUGGUCAGUUGAGUCGAACCACAUCAGAUCCUGAGCUCGUCUCUACUGUGAGAUCAGGUUUAAAACGUGACCGAACUGGGUCAUGGUCUCUUACUCCUCCCUCUUCAAGCAUUUCACCUUCUCGAAGAAAACGUCUCCUAGAAGCAAUGUCCAUCAGCACAAGUGCAGCUCCGAGUAGAGAGGAUACAAUCAAAUUUUCAGAAAAUAGACGGCCUGCCCAACCGUCAACAGAGCCCAUUACCUCAUCCUCCUUCCCUCGUCAUUUUCAACCCACUUCUGCCCAUUCUCAAACUAACUGGGGUUCAUCUAUGCCUCCCCUAUCCAAUCAAACCACCCCGGAAAUGCUUAUUAACCUAGCUACCGAUGCUAAUCCCCGAAUCCCCAAUAUUGUCUCUCAUUGGACCAGUUUGCUGGAACGUAUCGAACAGUUCUGCGAUUCUGUCUCUCCUGGAGAGGAAUCAGCAAAGCGUCGAUUCGAUCUGGAACGACAGAAGUUAAUGAUUGAUCUAAAUGUCCUUCGGGAGAAGAAUCUGUCUGACCUAUCCAUGGUCAUGAGAGACAACAAAAAACUCUGGAAGCUCCUGACAGAUGCCAUCCCGCUAACUGGUACCUCCCAGGCUCUAACUCCCAAUACUCUCGCACCCCCGUGUGGGGUCAUCCCUGGUGUUACAGAUGUCGACCAGAUCUCACGGAUGAUCAAUCUCCUACACGCAUUCAAAACGACAGCGAAACCAACUUCCUCACAAAAUUUUCGACAAUCUGCUCCAAUGGAGACUUCGGACUAUCAGCCCCAACAUCACCAAUCAUCAAACGAACGCAGUGGUCAACCAUAUUGGCCGAUCUCAAGUGUCGCCGCCAAUUAUCGAUCAGCCGCAUCUCCAGAUAUGUCCACCACUGCAACUCGACCCGGCGGGGGCCUUCUUUCUUCAACCGCCAAUGGGAUUGAAAGUCCCUUUCCAUACACCGCCACUAGCUCCUCUUCCGGGGACUUUUUACUUCCCUCAAAGCGCCAACGCCUAUUCCGACAUUCCUACUCGGCCAACAGCCAUUUCAAUCACUGA